AUGUCGACAAAAGAGAUCCAAGUUCGUCCAACCGGCUGGGAGAGCGCUCCUGCAGAAGAACAAUUUGUUCUUUCCGAUAUGGAUCACAUAGUGGAAGUCUUCAAGCUUGCACCAGCUACUGACAAGGCCAAAAUUGUGAACAACAUGGUUCGAGGUCUCGAAUUCACUCUAAGCCAAUUUCCCAUCCUCACAGGGGGUCUGAAGAUGGACGCGGAGAACGGGCGGUUGUGGGUAACCAAGAAAAGAUACAGUGCCGUCAGUCUCUUUAUCCAGGAUGCGGAGGACACUUUUGCGCCGUAUGCAGAACUAGACAGGGCGGAUUUCCCAGCAGCGACAUUCAAGGGACAUAAGUUGUUGCCAAAGGCGGUGACGGAGAAACAGCUGUUUUCACCCCUCGGCGACAAUCAGGAGGACAAUCUCAUUAUCUCUACGUUUCAAAUCAAUUUCAUCGAGGGCGGUCUCAUCCUGGGUGUUGCUAUCCAUCACAACUGUUCCGAUGGUCCAGGGUGCGAUGGGUUCCUGACAUCUUGGGCUCAAAACUCGGCGGCCGUUUUCAAUGGGACGUCUUUCGAAACGGUGUCUGAAGACGCAUUAGAUCGGUCGCGCCUCAGUGCAAGCAGACCGGAAGCCUCGCGAUGGAAAGAGCUCGAUCAAAGGUUUCCUGUUCUCAGAGAUGGCGGUGGACCAGCUCCACCACCGCCUGCCGACUUCAAGAUGCCCGAGCUAGCAAUCCGGAUGUGGCAUUUCCCUAAGAGCAAGAUCGAGGAGCUCAAAGCUGGAGCAAUGGCUAAGGCUGGAGACAGCUGGAUAUCUACGUACGACACAAUCAUGGCUACGCUUUGGAAAAGUAUCACACGGUCCAAACUCGAGCUUCUUCACCCUGAUCUCGGUCAAGAGGUCGUAUUGGUGCAUGCGGUGAACACACGAAAGGUGCUGGACCCGCCACUGUCAGAGGCAUUUAUGGGUAAUGCUGUGGCAUUGCCCCGCACGGAACCGAUCAGGUUAUCUGACCUUCUCGCUGACGGCAAUCUUCCUAAUCUUGCACAAAGAGUUCGCAACUCUAUCAAAGCGAUCACUCAGCAGUACGUCGCAGAGCUACCAGAGUGGAUUGCAGGAUUAGAUGAUAGGAGGUGGAUUAACAUUAACAUGAAUUCGUUCUUGGGCAUGGAUCUGGCUGGAACAAGCUGGCAAGGGAUGAACGUGUACGGGAAACAUGAUUUCGGUUUUGGUAUCGCAAGAGCUAUUCGUUUCCCAGAUCCUCAGUUCGAAGGGUAUGUUUUCGUGUAUCCGAGCAGGGCAGAGGUUAAGGAAAAUGCAGUUGACGAAGGUAUUGAGGUUUGCAUCUGCCUUGAAAAAGACUGCCACGACCGGCUAAUAAGAGACGAGGAGCUGCUUAAGUUUGCGCAACCUCGCGGCAAUUAG